CUGCUAGUGUGACGUAUAAUCUACUGGACGGGAACGCUUCUUUGAAACAGCAGUUAGUCAGACACCUCGGGAGCUUGCUAGACAAAAUAGCCGAACCAAUAAAGCUCUUUAGACGCUUUAGUGUAUAUUACCCGCUGCAUUUUUAACCUACUUCUGUCGUUUAGUUAGUUAUCCGAUUUCAUUUAAUAUUUACGGUGUUGUUAUUAGUCAGCUAGCGGACUGGUUUCGUUAGCAUUAGCCUAGCUAGCGAACAUCUCCGACCAUGAGUUCACCAAGCUACUCUCCUGAUAAAGAAGAGGCGGUCUGCUGGACGGAGAAAGAAGCUCUGGUGAAAGAGGAGAAGGAAGAGGAGGCUGUUUCAAUACAAAAACAAGUAGAUGGUGAGGCUGUUUCCGUGAAAGAAGAAGAGCAAGACGUUAGAGUGAAAGAAGAGGAAGACGCGUUCAGAGUGAAAGAGGAGGAGGAUGUUACAGUAAAAGAAGAGGAGGGAGGGAAAGAGGAUGAUGCAGUUUUUGGAGUGAAAGAGGAGGUGGAGAUGACUGUCACAUCCAAAAAAGAAGAGGAAGGAGAGGAGGAAACUGGACAUCUGGGCCCGGUUUCCCAAACGCAUCUUAAAGCAUCCAAUGGUUCUAACGGUGAACUUAGCCGUAAGAUGCUUUUGAGAAACCGUUCCCUGAUUAACACUAGAGAGAGAAGUGAUUAUUGUGGAUCCUCUGGGGAGCCCCAACAACCUAAUAAUGCUGACGAGGCAGAGAAAAGUAUCUUCAGAUCAGAACACAUCAAGAAACACCAGCAGAGACCCACAGGGAAGAAACCUCACCACUGCUCUGACUGUGGGAAGAGUUACUUAAGAUCAAAUUCACUGAAAGUACACCUGAGAAUACACACUAGAGAGAAAAUUCACUGCUGCUCUGACUGCGGGAAGAGAUUCACCUCUUCAGUAGACCUUAAAAUACAUCAGAGAAUUCACACUGGAGAGAAACCUUAUGGCUGUGAUCAAUGUGGGAAAAGUUUUAGUCAGCCAAGCAACCUGAAAUCACACCAAAGAAUACACACAGGAGAGAAACCAUUUAGCUGUAAUCAAUGUGGUAAGAGUUUUAUUCAGUCAAGCAGCCUGAUAGUGCACCAGAGAACACACACAGGAGAGAAAUGUUAUAGCUGUAAUCAUUGUGGGAAGAGUUUCACUCAGUCAAGCAGCCUGAUAGUGCACCAGAGAACACACACAGGAGAGAAGCCAUAUGACUGUCCUCAAUGUGGGAAGAGUUUUGUUACAUCUGGCAGUCUGAAGACACACCAGAGAACACACACGGGAGAGAAACCUUAUAGCUGUGAUCAAUGUGGGAAGAGUUUUACUCAGCCAAACAGCCUGAUAGUACAUUUGAGAACACACACAGGAGAGAAAUCUUAUAGCUGUGAUCAAUGUGACAAGAGAUUCUCUGAUAAAAGAUUUCUGAUCAAACAUCAGAAAAUACAUACAUGAAGGAGUUGUUUCAUGAUAUCAAUGAAAUAAAGUCACAAUGUGGAAUGUUUUUUUAAAUUGUAGAAGGAGUAUUUUAAUGAAUGUCACAAUAUAGAACCCUAAGUGUUUGCCCCCUGUUUAUUUGACUUUUGCAUGAUUUUUAGCCUCAGGGGAAAAAUCCAGCUCUGAAUUGAGUACUAUUUAUGAGAUUUAACAAAACGUGUUGUGUAACACCAUGUUUGCCACCCUCUUGAAUCAAAAUAGUAAACUUCAAAAUGUAGCUGACUGUCUUCAGGUUGUCCUCUAACCAGUGAGGUAAAAGAUAUCUCCCAUUUCCAUGUGUUUUUUUAAUUGUGUUCCAACAGCACAUACAACUGAUUUCCCUCCUAAUCGAUAGUCAAAACAACAGCGUUUCUGGUGCUUCUAUGAUUAUUGUGGCAGAUGUGUUUUUUUUUACCUUUAUUUAACCAGGUGGGCUAGUUGAGAACAAGUUCUCAUUUGCAACUGCUACCUGGCCAAGAUAAAGGAAAGCAGUGUGACACAGACAACACAGAGUUAC